UGCAAUAGAACAAAACAAAAUUAUUUAACUCCAUAUUGGUAUGUGACUUAAAAAGUGAAAGCCCAUUUGGCGAUGCAAAAUAGGAUAGCGUGCGCUCACUCAUGGAGCCCCCUUCGCUGCGGCAGUUGCCAGGGGAGAUAGGAGGGGAGGGGCUGUGAUUGGCUGGAUUGGCUGUGUUGCCAUGACGACGGCGAGGGGUUUGGUAGCGUUGCCGUAGCGCUGUGUGAUCCGCGCGCUGCGUGCAUGGAGGAAGCAGCUGCUGAUCUGAUCUCUGACAUUGUGCGAGCAAGGCACACAUCCGAAUAAACUGCGCACUGUCGUGUCGUUGAAACACACACACCGCGCCGAGGCACGCCGUGCAUGAUUACCUCCUUGAUUUAAUGGGUCCAAUCAUUGGGAUGUCACCAGACAAGAAAACGGAAAUUCCGGGUAUGCAAGAGGAGCGGACGUGGCUCCGAGGUGUUUGUGGUGUGGGAACACUGCCAGAAGCGGAAUGCGCUGCCAGCCCACUUGCGACCAGUGUGGAUCGGACUGGAGUUGCUGAAGAUGAAGAACUCACAAACCUCAACUGGCUCCACGAGAACCUGCUUCAGAACUUUACUCUGGGGGGUCCUGAAGCUCAACCUAGUGGAAGCCCCCUCUUUGACAUCGAAGGAGACAGCGGCUCCAACCAGGGCCCAUCAUCCUCAUCCACAGCAUCAAGUCACAGCAGGGGCAGGGAGCGGGACUCAUUGAGGUCUAAACCCCCUUUCUCGUUUUCGCUCCUCAUCUACAUGGCCAUCGAGCAGUCCCCUAGCAAAUCUUUACCUGUCAAAGAAAUCUACGGCUGGAUUCUUGAGCACUUCCCUUACUUCUCCAAUGCUCCCACUGGAUGGAAGAACUCUGUGCGUCACAAUCUCUCCCUGAAUAAAUGCUUCCGCAAGGUCGAAAGGAGUUUAGGAAAGGCCAACGGAAAAGGUUCUCUGUGGUGCGUCGACCCGGCAUACCGCCCCAACCUGAUCCAAGCCCUAAAGAAGCAGCACUUUCCUGCCGCACAUGCCUUCUGUACACCACCCGCCUCCCCGCCCAGUGCCUCCUCACCCCCUCGUCAUCUCUUUCUACAAGGUUGCUCAUUUAAAGAAUCUGAUAUUGAUGCUGCCACUGCCAUGAUGCUCUUAAACUCUGCCCCAGGGCACCACGUUGACCCAUGCAGUUCUGACAGCCCGUUGGACCUCUCCAGACCUGACUCGGUCCUGGUGAGCAGUGAUCCAAAGCAGGACCACAACUACAGCAGCGUCGCCCUGCAGCGCUGCUCCUCCCGUUCCUCCUCCUCCUCCUCCCUGUCCUCCUUAGAUGAAGGCGGCUGCGACCGCAGGCAGUCUCACCGCGCCGGCAGCGAGGGCUUCCACAGCGACGAGGACUCCGAUCUCUGGGACGAGAGGGGCACCAACCAAACGCAGCGCCGCCCGCCUUCCAUCAAGUGGCCUGUCAGCAAAAGGGCGCGACGCGAGGUCAAGCCGGAGCUGGAUGAGGAGCUUAAGGAGGCCGCCGGUUCAUUGCUGCACCUUGCCGGUAUACGCAGCUGCACGGAGGGCUCCAAACGUCAUGUCAAGAGCACAAAACUUAACAGGAAAUAAGGACCCCCGUCAUCAGACUCCGGACCCUGUGAUCCCCCCCAUCGUGUGUUCCCAUGUGCCUCCCUCUCCUUAUCUCAUCGUAUAUUGGCCAUUUUGAGCCUCCCCUUUUUUGGUGUUUGUUUGGGAUAUCUCUGUCCAACAAAACAAAUGGCAAUAGUAUUCUUCACACAGGAGAACAAAGCCAUAAAGAGACUUUAGUAACUCGGGGCGGUCACAGCAUGGGGGGAGGGGUCGGACGUCUGGGUUAUGGAGAAAUGGAUCCAAAAUGCUUCUGUCGGAAUAGACGAUGGAAAAUCAAGAUUGAAUUUUUUCCCUGACAAAUGGGAAAAGCUGAAGUUUUUUUCAAACUCAAAGCGUUUGCAUGCUUCCUCCUCAAACCUGUAUCCUCUUCCAAGUGAAUCUGUGUAUGAAGCGAGCGAGUGCAUGUUUGAAACCGACAAAAUCUAACCUCCUGGUGUUACAAGUUCUCCCUCUUUUUGUGCUAAAGAAAAAGGAAAAGAUGGCACAGUUUUAAACAACUUGUGCUCUACACCUCCUCUUGUGAGAGGGAUGCAAUAAUGAAUCCACAACCUUAACUUUUUCACAUCAUUUAGUGUAGUGAGCCCUUCCCCCCCAUCAAAAAUGCUAGUUAAACUACAAUGAAGCGAAUGAAUGAAGUAGUGUUAUUGUCUUGUUAUGCCAUGAACAUACAUUUCAGGAUUAGCAAGAUGUGGGACUAGUAUUUACUCUGCCACUGCCAAAAUUGACUUGCAGACUUUGCUACUGCGCUUGGCUGUUUUUGAGAAUCGUCCUGUCAAUCACUUUCAUCCAGCAGUGUGUUUUAUUUACAGCAACGCCACAGACACGCGCAAAGUGAACAUCUUGCCCUCUUAUUCCAGGCCUUCACUGUGUGUUCAUAGGACUUUCGCCAUAGCUUUUACUUGUUCAAAUGUUCUUUUUAUUGUGUGUUUACUCCAGUCUAAACCGAGGGUGAGAUCCUGCUGACAAAAAGAAGCCCUGCUGCUCCACUCAUUGUAGAUCUUAAAUAACCACUAAUUCUUGCUCCAUUUUGUCUGAUUUGGGAGACAUUGCGGUCAAGCUUAUCUAAAACAUGACACGUCGCUCAUAACUGGAAUCCAUAUGAUGAAGAUGAGUGCUGCUCUCGUGACGGGCCCACGCUUCCGGUGGGCCGCUCGCUCUUCCUCCUUAGAACAAAAUAAGGAAGCGCGAAAGUCUCUUCUCAAGCUGUGAAAUGUGGUGUUUACUGUCCCUCUUACUGCGGGAAGUUGCCAGCCACAUUUCUCAUUUGGGCUUCAAAACGACAAAAAAGUGCUUCACAUUAUGAGGAAAAAGACGGAAGCGCACAAUAGCCAUUUCUUGCCACACUGUGUUGUAACGGCUACAUGCAUGGUCAGUGCCAAACAUGUUAUUGUGCCACUGAUGUAAAACCGCAACUUUUGUUUCCCAGUUGCCACAAAAAAGUUAGAGAUAGUUUUGACUUCCUUGUUUUUUUCCCCCUUUUAAAUCCUCGUAAACCGGAAAUGCUAGCGGACUCUGGACUCUGUAGUGACGAAACCAUUUUGGUGUAUUUCAAUCAGCAGAUGAGGCUGCAGUAAUUGUCAUAUACACUGGUCUUAUUUAGCUGUGAAAGAAAAACAAAUUUAUUGUUUGUUACCUUAUUUAUGACAUUAAUUUAUGGGACUAUCGGAUGGAGACACUGGUCUUCUGAAAGGAAUGACGAGGCACAUUUAACAUGAGUUCCUCAUGAGAAGUAUUUCAUCUUUUUUUUUUCUCAGCAAUACACCAUUACCCCCCUCUUUUACUGCGUUAUAUUGAUUAAGUGUUUUGCCAAUUGUCUAUAGAGCGGGUGUUUUAUUUUUGCAAUUUAACUAUGACUGCCAGGUUUUCUUUGCUUUUUUUGUUAGGCUGGCUAGAAAAGAAGCAUUUAAAAAAAAAAACAACAUUUGCUGCCAAAAUGGAUGUAAAACCGCGGGUGCGACGUUCCACAUUUUCCCUUUAGUGCUGUAGAAUUUCUGAUUUAAUUAUUUUACAUUUUGUCUUUCUGUUUAUGUUGGGAUAUUUUUGGAAUUAUCUACAGAAAACUGCCACUCAUAAGUCAUGCUUCCAGGUAUUGUGAUUGUGACAGCAAACUGGAGCAGAAUGACCCGUGCAGUCCCCCAGGCUGCUGCUGCUGCUGCUGCUGCUCUUGUGUAGUUGCAGACCUAUGGUUGAUAUACGUAGAAGACUUCUCACUCAUUCUUUGUGUAGCACUUGUCAGAGAAAGGUUCUGUUGCUCUCAGUGACACAAGAUGUAGGUCUCCCACAAGAUUCAACACCAAGCAUAACCCCUAUGGUUGUUUUGUUGCUUAGCAGCUUUUAUUGAAUAUUGGUCAUGUGGUUCUCAGAAUUAAGUUGCAGCUUUUGGAGAGAGAAAAAAAAAAAAAGCAUAACAGCAAACUGCCAGCCCACUAUCGGUUUGCCAUGGAUAUCGAACCGUCAACACCUUUUUGGUUUUUGUAUGCUAACCUCUGUUGAUAAAAUGUUUAUAAGAUUUAUUUUCGCCAAAGAUAUGCAAUUGCAUUAUAUAUGGUAUUACAAAAUAUUAAUAAAAACCUGUUCUUGUUACCACCGUGAGCAUCUUUUCUCUUGCAGAUAUUAAGCAUCUGAUUCACCUGCAGUGAACGCCAUUAGCUAAUCAUAGCCUAUUCUUCACUUUAACUACCCAUUCAUGUGGCGGCCUUCUCACUUUUCACAUUACCAUGUCACAGC